AUGUCCAGAGGUGCUGACGAGAAAGCACUGGCGGAGCACGAAAACUCGAGGGAAAAGGAAUCAGUUACGGCCGAGGACGGAUUAGCUUCAAGAAAAGGACGUGGCCUCCUAAACGUACCGUCGAGAUCUUCAUCGCAAAAGAUACAGUCAUCGUCAGCAACAACGGGUCUCAGCGGGACGACUGCUGACGAUCCGCGAGAUAGUAUUGGUGGCAAUUCUAAGGAAUCAAAACACAGUAUGCUUGGCCGGCGUCGGAACGGUAGUGCGUCCAGCAAUCACUCUGGGGCUGCCACGAAUCCUACGACUACACCAAGCACAUUGCUGCCAAACUCCCCGGCUGGGGCUCCGCAGCGGCGGAAAAAGGGCGGGUUACUGGCUCUUCUUGGAUGCUGUGUUGUUCCUAAUCACGCCAGUACCCUCGAAGGUGGUGAAGAUCCACUCCCUUCUCACAAACUCGACAAGCUCCCUCAAAGACCACUGACAUCUAGCCGACGAACUACAACACCUUCAGAGCAGACGGGUGGUAGCAAGACUCAGGUUUACGAGAAGGAGAAGGAGUCGUCGCCUCAAGCAAGCACCGCUGCUCAAGAAGCAUCCAAAUCCGCAAAGCGGGUCUCGGGGUCAACGGCUCAGGACCAGUCCACGGUCGGCGAACGCGAGAGCGAGUCGAAACAGACCACCCUGGUCGGUGUACCGGGUCCCAGCAUCACGGUUAACCCUCCGGUUGCAGAAGAUCAUGAAGCGGAGGCGGAUGCUGUCGAAGGGCCAUCCACCAGGGACGUUGACGGCGAUGUUGAGAUGGCAGAUACGGAACUAGCUGUAGCUGAGCCAGCUAAACAACCUGGUACGGACGACGAGUCUCAAUAUGCGAAGUCAGUUCCGCCGCCACCUCCCGGACCGGUCCCCAUUGCCAAUCCAGCCCCAAUUGCGCCAGAGGAGAAAUCCGUGGAUUUAGAGCAAGGCCAACAAAAAUAUCUUCUACCACCUAUCGAACCCCGUUUCAAGGGCAGGAAGUGUCUAGUAUUGGACCUGGAUGAGACUUUGGUGCAUAGCUCUUUCAAGAUACUACACCAAGCUGAUUUCACGAUACCAGUUGAAAUUGAGGGCAAUUAUCAUAAUGUGUAUGUCAUCAAACGACCUGGUGUAGAUCAGUUCAUGAAGCGCGUAGGCGAGCUAUACGAAGUCGUAGUGUUCACAGCCUCUGUUUCUAAGUACGGCGACCCAUUGCUGGAUCAGCUCGACAUUCACAAAGUUGUCCACCACCGACUGUUCCGAGAGAGCUGUUAUAACCAUCAAGGCAAUUACGUCAAGGAUCUUUCUCAGGUCGGCAGAGACCUCAAGGAUACCAUUAUCAUUGACAACUCACCUACCUCAUACAUCUUCCAUCCUCAACACGCUGUGCCUAUCAGCAGUUGGUUCUCGGACGCUCACGACAACGAAUUAUUAGACUUGAUACCCGUUCUCGAGGACCUGGCCGGAUCUAAUGUUCAAGACGUCAGCCUAGUUCUCGAUGUCACUCUUUAA